GCCGAAGAACCGUUGAGUGAAGGUCAUAGUAGCGUCGAGCGUGCUGCACGGUGCAUCGUCCGUUCUAUCUCAUCUGGAUCUCGUGGGAAUAUUGCAUCAUCAUUUACUGAAAACCACUUUGCAUAGAAACUUACUGGUGACGUCGGCGUCGGCAUAGACGUAAUCUGAGAUACGCGAAACGAGAGAAAAAGCUCAACGGCGACAACAGCGAACGAAAUGAGUGAGUCGAACCGAAAUAGUUUAAAAUUGGACAUUGUAGGUGCUCGGUCGGCUCCAGGCGGUGGUGGUGACGCGGAGACAAAACGUGAAACCUACAAAGCAAUUCCUGAGGACGAUCGCAUUCCAGAGUCGCGAAAGGACAAUCCAGAGGAAAAGGGGAAAACUCCUAAAAUGGCGCAAAACGGCGAGAAUGGGAUUAAUGACGGGGCUGACGAGCGUAUGCUGAAGGACGAGGAGAAGCAGAAUUUAGCCAAGAAAGAUGAAGUUCAGUUCAUCUCGGGAAAUCAGAAUGGAGAUGCUAAAAUCGACAUCGGCGCCGUUGACAAGAUGGAAGAGGAAGAGAGCUUCACGGGAAUGACAAAAGAGGAACUGAUGAAAUACGCUAACGAUCCGUUCUGGGUUCGACUACGAUGGGUUUUCUUCAUAUUGUUUUGGGCACUUUGGGCUGCGAUGUUGAUUUGCGCCAUCCUGAUUAUUGUACACGCACCGAAAUGUGACGCUCCUGUUGCUCUGAAAUGGUGGAAACAAGGACCUCUAGUUAAGUUCAAGGAAUCAGAAUUUACCGUCGGAGACAUUGACCGUGCAAAGAAGCUUCAAGCAAAGGGUGUAAUUUAUGACUUGCCGGGCAUAUACACAUAUGAUAUUACAAAUCCUGCAAUCGAAGGAAAAAUUAGGAAGAUUGUCGAGGAGUACAACAAAACGGAUAUCAACGUUAUUUUGGACCUUACUCCAAAUUAUGUGACCAAUAGUUCCACCAUCUUCAAAGAAGCCCAGCAAAAUGAAUCUCAUCGUUCGCCACUUGUUUGGGUAGAGAAACCGACAACUCCCAAUAAUUGGGUUGCCAUUCCACCGAAUCGUCGCUCUGCGUGGGUGCCAGUGUCGGCAAAUAAUUAUGUCUUAAGUACAUUUGGCGAUGGAUUGUACGAUCUUCGUAUGGAUGAUCCAAUCGCUAAAAGCGAAUUGAAAAAGGCCCUUCAGCAUUUAAUUGACUUAGGAGUGAAAGGUUUCCGCUUUGCCAAUGCUAAGCAUUUCAUAGUCGAUAAGAAUCUCCAGGACGAAGUACCAAGCGGCCGCGCCGGAAGUGAAUUGGAUUGGGAAUUCUGGACCCAUUCACACACAACAUACCAAGAAGGACUAGGACAACUAUUGAGUGAAUAUUCCCUCAUGGUGCACAAUUUGACCAAUGAUGACGGCUUCUUAUCCGUCAGCGAUGAUUUGGGCCGCCCAGAAAGUUUCAAAACUGAAUACGGCACUUUCGGCGUGGACACACCCAUGUUUGGACAAUUCCCAUUCAUAUUAGCCGAACAACCACAUUCGCCUAAACCCAAACAAUUGUACAAUGCGCUUGCAAACAUUUUCGAAAUGGCUGGAAACAAUUCGUGGUUGCAAUGGAAUUACGGCUCUGAGAAUCUCAUAAGUGUAGACCCCUCGGCAUAUGAGAUUUUCUUCAUGUUACUGCCAGGAGUUCCGGUGUUGCCAGCCGACUCUCCAAUUCUUGCCAACGUUAGUGCAGCAACUAUUGACCACCUUAUGAAUCUACGUCAGUCGCCAUCGUAUAUGCACGGAUCUUUUGAUUUGUAUAGCUCGGGUGACUUAAUUGCUUAUUCAAGGGAAAGCAUCAAAGCAGGUAAUCCUGGUAUUUUUGUCGUAUUGAAUCCAACGCCGCAUAGUGUGGUUGGCAACUUUAGUCAGGCUGCGCUCCCAAGCAAAAUGACUUUCGACCUAUUGAGCGCUAACUAUAAUUCCACGAAUAUUGCUGUGAAAAGCAAAGCUUCAACCGACGCAAUACCGAUGUCACCACGUUCAGCUGCAGUUUUAACGUACGUUCCCGUGAAAAAAUAAGGGACCAAAAUCACAUCAGUACUCCUAUCAGUAUCAAUUUAUUGCAGAGUUAUUGCUUUGUAUUUUUUCAUUUUAUUAAAAAUACUCUUGGUGAAGUAUUUCAAUCUAUUAAAAUAUAAAUGCAUUUAAAACAAA